GGGGAGAUGGAGGGAGCAAUGGAGAUGGGGGGAUCGAGAGAAGAUGGAGGAGGGAGUGAGGGGCAUACGGAUGAAUGGAGUCGGGGGUGGCAAAAUGGGUGGGAGGGAGGGAGUUGUUCUUGAUAAGGAACGAAUGGUUGUACAUCACAAAAACAGACAUAUACCUGUGAUGUGGAAGAAGAAGAAGAAGACGAUGAAGAUGAAGAUGAUGAAGAAGAAGAAGACGAAGACGGCGACGAAGAAGAAGACGUGGAAGAAAGAGGAAGGAGGAGGAGGAGGAGGAGGAGGAGAAGAAGAAGAAGCAGCAGCAGAAGAAGAAGAAGAAGAAGACGCAGCGCCAAACAAUAAUGGUCUGUCAUCCGCUCCUCUCCUCUUCAAUGCAGUCCAGCAAGGAAACUCAGAUCUCACAUCUUGGAACUGGACUCCCGUAGUGGAUGGCGAGGAGUACGCUGCAGCAUUGCUGGGCCUCGAGGCAUCCCAUGUAUCUCUAACUAUAAUGACUGCUCCAAAAAUGCCAAAGCAGGCUUAUGAAGAGGAGAUAAUAGACAACAUCAUUGGGACCAUGCGAACACGGACUCUCAGCAUGUUUUGUUCUAGUGAUGCUGCUGAUGGCGGUGAUGAUGAUGGAGAUGGAUCCGAUGGGAUGAAUGGAGGUGACACAGGCGGAGCCAGAAAGCGGGGCCGCAAAGCCCCGAUGAAAACACGGAAGGUGCAGAACAAUAAACUGACAAAAACGAGCCAGGUUCUGUUUGACAAGCUUUGUGGCAUAACACAUCUGCUUGGAGAUCUGCUCGGAGUGACGCGUAUACAGGAUGGAACUGUACUGCAAUUAUCAAAUACAGCACUUGCUAUCUUCAAUGCUGGCAAUGUCCAGCUACUACAGCUUAAAGCACUCGGAGUGGUGUGCACGGUGUUUGACAACUACCCACAGCAUCGGAACCUGAUUCUGGAUGAAGUAAUCUCAUUAUUGUGGAAGCAGCCUGUUUCGAAACGAAAUCUCCGUACCUAUCAUCUUCUUGAUGAAGAUACAAGGCAGAUCCAGAUGUCAAGUGCACUCUUAUUGCAGCUCAUUCAAUGCUGUGUCAGUCUGCCAAAUCCUGGUGCUGAGCAGGUGCCCAAAACAGAAGACAAGAGUGACCCGAAGCAGAAGCAGCAACAGGGAGAAGCAGAUACUUCGAACAGUGCGAAGGGGUAUGAGGUGGCAUCAGAGGCGGCAACAUAUUUCUGGAUUCACUUCUUACAGCGGUGGGGGAACAACAGGGGACAGGAUACAACUGUAUACAAAGUACUUCUUGACAAUCUUGUUGCAGACCUUCUCUUGGCGCUCAAUACUCCGGAGUUUCCUGGUGCGAGCUUACUGCUUCAGGUAUUGUGCAUUAUGCUGUGUGGGCAGCUUGGUCUUCAGUCCAAGGACGGUGCCAUCCGUUGUAUGGCAAUUGACCAUUUAGGAUCUGUUGCAGCUCGUCUCAAAGCGGAUGCUGCAGUAUCCUCCAAUGACACUUUGUGGGUUCUUCGUGAUCUCUGCGAGGAAGAGGAUCGGAAUGCUGAGUGUGGUGAAAAGGAAAGACCUCUGAAGCAGCGGCAAAGCCGAAGUCUCUGUGCAGUGUGCUCCAAGCCAUUCGGUGGGAAGUUCUCGAUUGAGUGUAGAGGAUGUAGGACAAUUUUCCAUGGCAACUGUGUAGGCAUUGGGGAGCAUGACCAUGUAGGAAAGGAGUGGUCUUGUUAUCCGUGCCUGUGUGAAAAGCAGUUAGCUUCCCUUGAAGCUGAGCUUGGAAUUCAGCGGCAGCAAACCAAUGGAUAUGAGGGGAAUGGCGAGGUGAAGGACAAGCACAAGGAUAAGGAGAAAGAGAAGGGAUGUGGUGGAAGCUUUCCUGAACCCGGGAAACUGAAGGCUGAAAAUCGGAGUGGGUGCUUGGUAUUGCAGCAAUUGUUGUUGGAAUACCUCAUGGAAGCCGGGAAAAGUGACCCGGUCAUCAUGUAUGCAAGAAGGUUUUAUAUCUGUCAGUGGUAUCGGGAUGAGGGAUGCCCUGAACACGAACUUGGAUUUUAUAAAAGACGGCUUCAAUUACGGGGUCCAGGGUCUGAUGUCGGUGCUGGCAACUUGUUGACCAGAGAGAUGGUUGUGUGUGUUUCAAGAGCUCUUGGGCAGCAACGACCGCUUGCCCGAGGGUUUGAGCGCAUCUUUCGGGAGCUUCUUGCAUGUUUGUGGGAGAACUCACCUACUCCACGAGCGAAGUCUCUCCGAGCUGUUGGUGCAGUGAUUGAAGCAGAUCCUUCUGUGCUUGGAGAUGUCCAAGUCCAGAAAGCUGUUGAAGGGCGAUUCUUGGACUCUGCUAUUUCUGUGCGCGAAGCAGCUUUGGAGCUGGUGGGGAAGCAUAUUACAAACCACCCAGAAUAUUUGCUUCAGUACUAUGACAAGAUUGCGGAGCGGAUAAUGGAUACAGGUGUCAGUGUUCGCAAGCGAGUCAUAAAGAUCAUUCGUGAUGUUUGUGUGCAGCCGAAGUUCCCAAAGACAACAGAUGCCUGUACACGUCUCAUAUCCAGAAUAAAUGAUGAUGAGCAGACAAUUCAAGACCUUGUGACAAGGACUUUGUAUGAACUUUGGUUUGAUCCAGAAUCAGGAGGAGCACCUUGCGGGAAGACAGGGGAAGUGUCAAAAGCAAUUGUGGAGAAGGCGCAGCAACUAGUGGAUGUCUUAAGUGCCCAGCCAAGCCACACAACGAUGGUGACAGUGAUCAAGCGAAGCUUGAUGCAUGGCAGUGCGGGAAAUGCGGUGGAGCUUGACAAUGGUUUUGUUCCUAUCACUGGAGCUGUGAGACAGCGCUGCGAGUUGCUGUGUCGGUGCUUGCUCGAAAGUGUAUUGAAGCAAGCAGAAGAGGCGCAAACCGAACAGUCAGAAGCAGAAGCACUGCCCUACGUGCUUGCGCUACAUGCUUUUGCAUCGGUUGAUCCCUAUGUGUGCGCUCAACCAGAUCCAGCGAGGUUCGCAGUCACACUUUUGCCAUACCUCAAAACACAGCAAGGCACAAAGGAGGUGGCACAGUUGCUUCACAGUCUGGUGUCACUCAUUGAUGGAGUCUUGCCCCUGCUGCAACGGCCACCCACAAGCUUUGUUGAGGAGCUGGAUGUUGAUCUUCGACAACUGAUAUUGCGCCAUUCGCAUCUGACUGUUGUUCAAGCCUGUGUGAAAUGCCUUUCCUCUCUGGGCAAAGUUGCUUCAAAAGGCGUGCAGUCAUUUGAGUCCUUGACAAAGCUAUGUUACACACGGCUUCGGAACCUUCGGAGUACCUCCCCAGAUCCAAAAGAAAAGAUGAUUAUUCUUCGGUCCUUAUUUGUUCUUAGUCAACUCUGCCGGUAUGGAGCUGAGAAUGUUGACAAGAUGGCAGAGUACAGUAUAAGCAUGAAUGGUGCUCUGAAUCUGUUCUUGGAGCUUUUCCAAAGCAAUGAUGCAGUCGUAAGGAUGAGAACGCUGCAGGGCCUGGGGUACCUGUUCGUGGCAAGGCCCGACUACAUGAUGGCAAAGAAUGUCGAUGCUGUGCUGAGGUCAACGCUUGCCCCGGGGCAGGAUUCCCACAUCAAGGUCCAAACCUUGAAGAAUUUUCUGGAAUAUCUUCUCGACGUGGAGGCAUCGAUGGAAGCGCUAGCCAGGGACAGUUUUGCCAAUGGCGUAGUGCAACAACAGGAUGGAUAUGUCCCUGAUGCAGCCGGAGCUGGAGACAAUAACAUCUGUGGGGGCAUUAUUCAGUUGUACUGGGAGGAGAUUUUAGAUGCGUGCAUUAAUAUGAAUGAUGAUGUCCGCCAUUCAUCACUAAAGAUCGUGGAAGUUGUGCUUCGGCAAGGUCUUGUUCAUCCUAUGACAUGUGUACCGCACUUGGUUGCACUUGAGGUGGAUUCAAAAGAGAGCAUAUGGCAACUCGCUCAUCACCUUCUUAUGCAGCUGAAUGAGAAGUACCCUGCCAUUUUUGAAAGCAGAUUGGGAGAUGGGCUCCAGCUUUCCUACACCUUUCAGCAGUCCCUUGCAGGCUCGCAGAGGGAGGCAAAAGGAGGCGAGUCUGGUUCAGCUACUUCUCGUUCAAACCGGUUUCUGGGGCAUGCUGCAGUCGAUGGAACUGCUGACUGUGUGAAGCAGGGCAUGGCCAGAGUGUACAAAUUGGUCAGGGGCAACCGAGCCUCACGGAACAAGUUUUUGUCAUCUAUAAUACGGAAAUAUGAUUCUUCGGGCACAGGAGAUUUGAAAGCUGAUCUACUCUUCCUCUCGUAUUGUUCGCAUGUUGUGGCUGCGCUUCCGUUUGUCUCGGUUGAUGAGCUGUUAUACCUUGUCCAUACUAUAAAUCAGACUGUCCAGUUGCGGGGCGGGACUCUCCAGUCUAGCAUGAAGGCCAUACUAACAGGCGAGGGUCCCCUAGCACGAUUUGUUGACCAAACUCUGCGGCACAGCAAACGAAACAGAACAGAAGACGGGACCGAUGCAUGUCCUCCAGCAAACACUGGGGAUGCGAAGAGGCAGUGUGAUGUGCGGAUUGACAACAUUCCCGGCAUUCACACAGAUGUUGUGAAGCAGAUAAAGGUGGAUUGUCGUAACGCUGUUGCUGUAUCACUUUUGCUCCUCCUGAAGUGCUACUUGAAGUCAGCAUACAGCAUCACAGAUGCGAAGUGCCAGGCAUAUUCACCCGCAGAUGCUGUAAAGAAUGCUGAAGCUGCAACACGGAAGGAUUCAGCUGGGAAGUUCGAUUGUGGGGAGCUGUCCCUUGGCCGACAUGUGACAGCACGGCAGAUGUGGGAGAAUUACCAGGUCUUGAAAAGACUGUUGAAUGAGGAUUCAUCGGAUUUUGUCACGUUCGUAUCGCCUCUGAAGCGCAAGGGUGGGCAGUCAAAUGCUGCAACAACACUGCAAGAAUCUGGAGGAGCGGUGGCAACGAGUUCCAUUCCCAAUGGACAGGAAGCCGGGAAUGGCAGGCAUCCAGAAACUGGACCAGGCAAAUCUGGGCCACGGAUGACAAAACGGAAAAGCGCAAGGCUUUCUGAAGGUUAGGUUCGAUAUGAAUAUCAAGUUUGUUCACCUUUGUUUCAGAGGCUUUCCAUAAGACUCUCUUUUUUGUACCUGCAUGGAGAUGCAUCAUUGUGAAGAGGGAAGGAAGGUCGUGGAGGCAGCAAAGAAGCCUGACAGCAGGUUUGUCGAGAAAGCACAGGAGUCGUGAUGGUGAUCGAUCCAUCGUGUUCACUGGCUGCCCAAGUGGCAUCUCCAGUGAAAGUCAGGCAGUGUGAGGCUGGAGGAACUAUGCGUAUCAUGUUUCCUGGGAACACAUUCGGCUGAGUUGAAAGGCAUCAUGACUCGUGACCAACAGGAGGCGUCUUAAAGCGCAGGGAGAAAUCUGUUGUGUUGAGAGGCGAGCCAAUGAUUGCCGUAAAUCUGGCGAUGUCUGGAAUGCUGUGGCAGCAAUCCAUAAGUACAGCAGAAUGGCUACCCUCACGUGCUGCUCCAGGGAACGCGAGGCAUUGGAAAGUCACCUGGAUAAUGUGGUCGGAUACCACAGAACCACAAAGAGGUUAUGCCACAGAGAGAGGUGACUGGCAGUUUCUCAUGGAACGUGCUAGGGAAGAAGAGGUGCAAAUAGGCAAGCAAUGUUGUUGCUUUGGGAGGCCAAACGGGUAGGAGAAACGUCUGGUUUUUAAUGGGGUGCAGGCGGGUGCUGUUUGUACAUACAAGGAUUUCAAGGAUGAGGUCUUUAGUGAGAUCAGGUUAACAACUGCAAUCGUGCAGCCACAUUUUUGUAUCAACGACUGUGAGAGUGAUGUCUCCCUCAGCUUUCCAGGUCGCUGUACAGAGGGUGAUGGAAUAGGGGUCAGGUCGGUCAGGAUGUAAAAAUGCUCAGCAGUGACUGUGUUGUCACCAGUUACCUAUAGAUAGGAAUUACAGCCCAUAGCGUACUCGCUAUGAUUCAGUUGCUCACGAGAAGCCUUAGCAGGUGAGGGGUGGUGGCCCAAGUGGAUGCCGUGUUUCACUGUUGAGGAGGUGUCGUCUCUCCAUCACACAUCAUCUGGUAUAUUCCGGAGGUAUAGAAAAGGUUUGCCAGUGGUGCUCCCAUCAUCUCGCUCUGCCUACCAUGUGGCCAAGGGAUGUGAUAUAGGAAUUGCAGGUAUUGCUUACUGCAAGUUACUGGCUAAGAUCAGGUUGCAGACAAGCAGCCUUACCAGGUCUAAAGGAUAGUGGCCCAAAUGUAUACCAUUUUUCACUGUCAGGCAGGUGUUCGCUUUCCCUCACGCAUCAUCUUGUAUGCUGCGCAGUACAGGAAAGAUUGCAGCCUGGCCUGCCAGUGUCACUCCCAUCUUCUUGCUUGGCCUGCCAUGUAGCCAAGGGAUGUGAGAUGUGUACAACUUUUGCUGUCAAAUCUGAAUAGGAAUGCGAAGGUGUGUUUGACAGAAAAGAGGGCAAGGAACAGCAUAGGAGGGUUCAUCGUGCAUUCCUGGGAUAUGGCUCACUGGGGUUCCACUGAAGAGAGUCCAGGAGGCAUGAUGAUUUCUCAUUGAUGCUUCCUGGUCCGUAUGAAAAUGUGCUCGCUGCAAGAAGGCUAGCUGAGUGAAUGGGUGGUUGACCUGUGUGCUCGCUGGCAAGAAGCCUAGCUGAGUAAAUGGGUGGUCGACCUCUUGAAGGCUGUCGAGUCUCGACCUUUAUGGGUUAUUGUAAACGGAGGAAGGCCAAUCUUUGCAAUAUGAUAAAGGAGAAGAGGAAGGAGGUGAGGACGGAUGCAAGGAUGGAUGUUUCACUGUGGCAUCUAAUGAGCUGGCCAUCAUGGCGGUGUCCAUGCCAUUGCUUCCGAAUGGCUGAACCAGCAUCGGUCCACACUCUGAACGUCCGACUACGAGUCUGGCCAUGGUGAGCACCAUUGCAGCUGAACUGACGAUGUGGUGUGACAGUUCAGUUAUAUUUGUUCUCUUUUGUGUGCGUGAAUCAAUGUGUUAAUCUCCAAUGAAGGGUGGUACUUCUUCUGUUUUUCUCUGCCAAUAUUAGCCUCCAUUGUUCCCAUUUACAAAACCCAUGAAGGUUCUGAUUCAUUGCCAUGUCGACUUUAUUCUUCCAACAUUUACAAUCUGCUGCUUGGGCUGCCAUUUUGCUACACUUUGUCAAUGUGCCGGAUGAUGAUGCUCUGAUCAGUGGGAGCCAACAAUGCUUGUUGGAUGCAUAUGAAAGUCGUUUUUGCUUGUUCCAGAGCCAUAGCUCCGUAAUGAAAGGCUGCUGAGGAC